AUUUCCAGCAUUUCAUAAUACAAAUGCUUCGAUAUAAUUUUGGCACACUUACAGUAAGUCAAUGGAAUUGGCUAUUUCGUCAAGCAUCCACAUUCAGUGGGUCAGGUUUAACAUCGGAAAAAUUCAUGAAAAACCCAGAAAAUGAACCGGUAUUAACAUAUCGAAAGGGUAGUACAGAAAGGAUAGCUCUUGAAAAAGCAAUAUCCGAAAUAGCCGGUACAACUACAAAUGUUCCAUUGGUGAUCGGAAAUGAGAAGAUUUCGGAAAAUCUUGAUAAAAAACAAGUUAUGCCUUCAGAUCAUCAGAAAGUUAUUGCACGAUUUGCACAUGCUACUGCAGAACAAAUUAACGAAGCAAUUCGAGUAGGAUUAAGUGCUAAACAAAGUUGGGAACGCAAGUCAUUAAGAGAACGAGCAGACGUCUUUCUACAUGCGGCCGACUUAUGUGCUGGAAAAUAUCGUAUGAAGCUCAAUGCUGCUACGAUGCUUGGACAAGGAAAAAAUAUUGUACAGGCUGAAGUUGAUUCAGCCUGUGAAUUGGUUGAUUUCUUCAGAUUUAAUGCUAAGUUUGCCUUGGAGUUGGAAAAAUAUCAGCCGAUUUCAGUGAAAAAUGUCACUAAUACAAUGACUUUCAGGAGCCUCGAAGGAUUUAUUGCUGCUAUUGCGCCAUUUAAUUUCACAGCAAUUGGCGGUAAUUUGUCUACAGCACCAGCUAUGAUGGGGAAUGCUGUAUUAUGGAAACCAUCAUGUACUGCUGUAUUAAGUAAUUAUUUUAUUUACGAAGCUUUAGAAGAAGCUGGUCUUCCGGCUGGCGUUAUUUCAUUCCUGCCGGCCGAUGGUCCCAUUUUUGGUAGUACUAUCACUUCUUCUCCCCAUUUUUCUGCUCUCAAUUUCACUGGAUCGAUGCCAACAUUUAAGUAUUUGUGGAAGAAAGUUGCCGAAAAUCUGGACACUUACAUUUCAUUCCCAAGAUUAAUUGGAGAAUGUGGCGGUAAGAACUUCCAUUUUAUUCAUCCAUCAGCGGAUUUGGACACUGUGGCACCAUGUACAAUUCGUUCUGCAUACGAAUACCAAGGGCAGAAGUGCAGUGCAUGUUCACGAAUUUAUGUGCCUGAAAGUUUGUGGCCUGCUUUGCAAGCAAAACUUGAAGCUAUACAAAAAGAACUCAAAGUUGGAGAUGUACGUGAUGGCUCGAUCUUCAUGACAGCGGUAAUUGAUGCAAAGGCUUUCAAAUCAAUCAGUUCAUAUAUUGAUUAUGCCAAAUCAGGUGCAGAUGGGGCACAGAUCAUUUUUGGUGGGACAUAUGAUGACAGUAAGGGAUAUUUCAUUCAGCCAACUCUCGUACAAGUUGAUGAAUGGGACUCCAAAUUACUUAGAGAGGAAAUUUUUGGACCUAUAUUGACUGCAUAUGUGUAUAAAGACAAUGAAGCAUUAGAGAUUGUAAAGAAACUGAAAGACGCAACGGUAUUCGGUCUCACUGGAGCUGUAUUUUCGGAGGAUAGGGAAUUUUUGUAUAAGGCUCGCGAUAUACUUCGACAUGCUGUUGGAAACAUGUAUCUAAAUGACAAGUCAACCGGUUCUGUAGUUGGGCAGCAACCUUUCGGUGGAGCACGAAUGAGCGGGACAAACGAUAAAGCUGGUGGGCCGCAUUAUGUUUUGCGGUGGGUAUCUCCGCUUUGUAUAAAAGAAACAUCGAUUCCGCAAACGGAAUGGAGAUAUCCAUCAAUGGGUUGAAUGUGCUUGAAAUUGAUCUGAAAUAAACGUGUUUCAUUCUUUUCAUUAAGCACCAUUUGUAUUUUGUUAUUUAUUUUACUUUUAUAUUUCAGGAAGCUCAAUUUUUACACUUCGUUGUACCAAUUUUAUUUAAUCUGAAAUAAUUUCCUCAUAUAAUUUCUCCAGUGAAAGGUUAAGACUUAUCUUUGUUUUUCUCUCAUUGAGACGCUUCAAAUUAUUUAUCUUAUUCUGUUUAAAUUUUAAAGCUUGUGUUUUCUGUAUAUCUCCGCUUUUGACCUCGAUUUUUUUGUGUCUUAACAUUAUUAUUUCUACCAUCUAUUUGAGCCUUAACUCAAUAUCUGUGAACUGUUUCACGAACUAUUAAUUUUGGUCUAUCGUUGCAUGUAUUAAAAAUGUGAUUGCUCUUUGUUAAACUUUUUAUCUUCUCACUUGUUUGUUAUUUUAUUUUUAUUUUUUUGUUUUUUGCUUCUGCAAGCAAUCUCUUCUACUUUGUUCUCUUUAUUUAAAUUCGUUUACUGAUACAUUAACAAUUUGUUAAGUUAUCCAAAAAUUUGUUUCAAUUUUUUUCUCAUAAUCUAGGAAUCAGGUUGUACAUGUCAAAUGCACUUGUUACUUGCAGAUGAAGAUCAUUGAUCAUAAGAAUAUCCCUUUGUAUUUGGAACCGUCGAUAUACAGUUGUUUAUGUAUUUUAAAAAGAUAGUAACCGAAGAAAUACAUC